CUCAGUUGUCAAAUUGAUAAAAAACAACUGUGCUGAAUAUUUUGACGUUUAUCUACCCAUAUGUGUAUAUCUGCAUCCACGGGCUGGUUUUGCGACCUGUGCUUACGUAUCAGUUUUUACUCAGUCGAAACAGAAUUGGAGUUGUUCGGGCAAAAUGACGCCUAAAUUAAAAAUAUCGAGAUUCGUCUUAAAAAGAAUGGAAAAGAUCAAGCAACAAUGCAGUGGGUGUCUCUUCGGUUUAAUGUACGACGGGGCCCUGCUCAUCAUGGGUUUCAACAUCGAAUCCACGAUCGGCGAGUUGAACUACAAAGAGAUCCAGUACAAAUUCCCGGCGGAGCUGGAUAUGUGCGGGGUCAUCAAGUUCGGGGACGUUGGCGAUGGCGAUGCCGAGGUGAACAUAAAUCAGAUCAGCCACGACGUAGACUUCACAGACAAUCCCAUAAUGUUGACAUGUGCACUCGGCACCCUCGUGGAUCUGAAAGCGCAGAUUAUUAUGCAUGGAAAGCUAGAAGAGAUCCCGUACGAGGAGGUGACUGAGGAGGAGUUGUACAGAGACUUCUGCUUCACAAGAUUGCAGUGUGGACUGAAGUUCCUGACCGAUGAAAGGGACACGAAAACGAUUAGCAGAGACAUGCAAAGUAUGCGCAAGAAUCUGGCUUGUGGCAGUUUGGCUUUUUAUUUUGAGGAUGCGGAUAAAUACAUCACAACGAGUGGAUUAGACGGAAGCCUUUCAUCCAAAACCGUGGCCGAUCUACUUAGCUCUAUAAACAACCCAAGUGGAGAAACCAAACAAAAAUCCAAAAAUAAAAACACUCCUCCUCCAACAGAAUACGAAAUUAUCAAUGUAAAAGCAUUAACCCGGAAAACAAGAGACUUACAAGAGAAAAGCAGCAGCGCCUUGCAAAUGACUCUUAAACAAAACGAGGAGAAAGUGAUUAUCCCCCUACAAGUCGACGUGAUGGCAAUGCUUUACAAGAAAACGACUUUAGGAAAUGUUUACAACAUUUUAAUCGAAAGCAUAUGCAGAUCACUCCGACUCCUGGAGCAAAGUUUGGUAGAUCUCGUUUCACACGAAAAAAACCUUUCAGUGCCACGAAUUUUACACAUUAAUGUACCAGAAUUUGGACACCUCUUGUCCUGUGUGUACUUCGAUGACUUUAGUGAAGAGGAUCCUUAUUUCCAGCAGAAGAGGAAAAAACUACAUCACCACUUUGGACUGCCUACCACACGACCUUACUUCCGGAAAGCUAACCGCUUCGUCUUCAAAAACGAACUUGUGGACGCUCCUCUUAUCAAUACUCACAUCGGACUGAAGCCAACUGGACUUAAAGAAAGCCAGCAAUAUAUUGUGCAGGGCAAAUACAGUUACUACCACUACAAGCAGCAGAAUUUCGACGACAGCGGUUGGGGGUGCGCCUAUCGAUCGCUUCAAACACUUUGUUCGUGGUUUAGGUGGCAAGGAUACAUAGACCGCCCAAUCCCAACACAUGAAGAAAUUCAAAAGUACUUAGUGCGCGUAGGAGAUAAGCCGAAAGAUUUCAUUGGAUCCAAGAAGUGGAUUGGCUCCAUUGAAGUGCAAACGUGCCUCAAAGGACUCCUGGAUGUUGACUCCCGAAUCUUAAACGUCCAAUCAGGCCGAGACUUAGCCACUAAGGGCUCUGAGUUGGCAAUGCAUUUCCAAUCACAAGGGACGCCAAUAAUGAUCGGUGGCGGUGUUUUGGCCCAUACUAUCAUUGGUGUUGAUUUCAGUCCUCUUACAGGAGAUAUUAAGUUUCUUAUCUUGGAUCCACAUUAUACAGAUCGCGACGACUUAAGCAUUAUUCAAGGCAAAGGUUGGUGCGGGUGGAAAGGCCCUGAGUUCUGGGAUAAGAACGCUUAUUACAAUUUAUGCAUGCCGCAACGGCCGUAUAUUUACUAGUUGGUGAAUGUAAAGGAGAUUUUUUUUAUACCUCGUCCAAACGCAACAAAAUGUUAAAAAAAAAUAAACGCAAGUGUAAAUAAUUUUAGGUAACAGA